AUGUUUUCCAGCUCCAUUGACGAGCUCGGGCAGCGUAGGCAGGCAGCGGCACUGCAGCAGGACGUCACUCCCGAGGAGGAGGCGGCCCCGCCCGGCCCCGGCGGGGCGGGGGCCCAAGCGCUGACGGCUGUUGUUAACGGAGAGUUCAAGGAGCUGAGCCUGGAUGAUUUCAAGGGGAAAUACCUCGUCCUCUUCUUCUACCCCCUGGACUUCACCUUUGUCUGCCCCACAGAAAUUGUGGCUUUCAGCAACAAAGCAAAUGAAUUUCAUGACGUGAACUGUGAAGUGGUGGCAGUUUCUGUGGAUUCUCAUUUUUGUCAUCUGGCCUGGAUAAAUACACCACGAAAGAGCGGCGGUUUGGGCAAAAUGAAUAUUCCAAUUCUGUCGGACCUCACAAAACAAAUCUCCCGUGAUUACGGUGUGCUGCUAGAAGGACCUGGCAUAGCACUAAGAGGUCUCUUCAUCAUUGAUCCAAAUGGGCUCAUCAAGCAUCUAAGUAUCAAUGAUCUCCCUGUCGGUCGCAGCGUGGAAGAGACCCUCCGCUUGGUGAAAGCAUUCCAGUACGUGGAAACACAUGGAGAGGUUUGCCCGGCAAACUGGACUCCAGACUCCCCUACAAUCAAACCAAGCCCAGAAGCUUCUAAAGAAUAUUUUGAGAAAGCGCAUACAUAAACACUUAUACAUAAACAAAUAUGUGGACAAAACUCUUAGUUACCAUACACUGAAGACAUUAGGAAA